AUGCCAAUAAUUAUUGAUAAUGGCACAGUAUCACCAGUUAUUAUAAAUGAAUAUGAUAAUGUAACAAUGGAAUGUCAAGCUCGAGGUCGACCUCGACCCUAUAUAACAUGGUUUAGACGAAAUAAUGAUCAAAACAAUCGAACACAAUUAGAAAAUCAAGUUUUAGCUAAUAGUACAGAUGGUCAAUAUCAUUUAAUAAAUGUUAAUCGUUAUCAAACUGGCCAUUAUGAAUGUCGAGCAUCGAAUGGUGUUAAUGAACAUGUUGUUAGCAAAGAUAUUGAAUUACGUGUUCUUUCAACAGUGUUGGAAGCUCGUUUUCGAAUUAAUUCAAAACGACGAUAUUCAGUAUCAACAAAACCUUUUUCACCACCAGAAUUUUCUAAUGAUGAUGAUCCUUUGAUAGAUUCAUCAUUAACAACAACAUCACCACCACCAUCGGAUAAAAAUCAAGCAAAUGAACAACAAAUCGCACAUUUUAUACGUCUAUUAUAUAAUCGUUUAAAUUUAUCCGAAGCACCAAAUGUAACAAUGAAUUUUAAUGAUGGUGCUGGUGUUCCAUCAUCAAUUGUUAAACAACUUAAACAACUUGAACAACAUAGUAAGGCUUAUAAUAAUGAAGGCAAUCCAUCAGCACAACAAAAAUAUCGCGAAGAUAAUCAAGCAACAACUGAACGUGCUAUUUUACCUGGUGAUAUCAUUCAAUAUCAUACAUGUCAACGACAAUUAGCCGUUAAAUUCAAUCUUGAUAAACAAAGUGCAAGUAAAAUUGAUUGUUUUCGUUUUGCAAAAUCACCAAUGGAAUCAAAAAGUUUACCACAUAAUCAAUAUAUAAAAAAAUUAUGUAUUUAUGUUAAAAAAACUUAUUUUGAUUUCAAAAAAGAAGAUCAAAGCAAUUUAAAACGAGAUAUGUUUCAUGUCUAUCAAGUUUUUCGACCAACAUCAAAUGAAACAUCAUUAAAUCCAGCUCAAAGUCUGACAGGUACAAUACGUUUACCAAUUAGUGAAGUUAAACAAUUAAAUGAUAAAUGGCUUGAAUUAACUAUUGAUUCAAAAAAUGGAUCAACUCGUCUUCAACAAAUCUAUGAUCAAUUUCUUUCACCUUGGUAUGGACUUGCAAUUAGUCAUGAAAUUGAAAUGUCACCAUGGUCAUCUUAUUAUCGACGAUAUAAUUCAAAACAAAAUUAUGAUGCUUAUUUACGUUCAAAUGAUAAUGAUCAAGAUAAUGAAAAAGAAUCUGAACAACAAAUACCAUAUAUGCUUGUUGAAUAUGGUGCCAAAAUUCCAUCAUCUUCAUUUGGAAAUCGUGCUACACGAGGCGUUAUAAGAUCUCGUCCAGCAACAACUUGUGACCCAAAAAGUCCAUGUUGCCGACGUCCUCUUAUUAUUGAUCUUGAUCAAGGUAUUAAUGGAUUGGAUUUUAUUAUUCUCCCAAGAAAAAUUGAUAUUGGAGAAUGUAUUGGUUUAUGUGGUGCAGGUGGUUCAUCACUUAAACAUACAGAAGUUAAAAACGCCCAAGCUAAAAAUGAAGCACAUGCAGGAUACAAUUUACUUUAUCUUUAUCAUAAUGGUUUAUCACAUAAAAAUGCAACAAUAACAAAUACAAAUAAAGCUGAUCAACGAUCAAGUAAUUGUUGUUCGUAUUCACGUACAGGUGGUAUUGAUCUUUUGUAUCAAACGCAAAAUGGAGCUGUUAUACGCAAAUUUCUACCAAUUCCACCAUCAAUUCGAGCUGAAUCAACUAUUAUUUAUAGUACUAAUGGAAAAAAUGUAGAAUUACGUUGUUCAGCUAUAGUUCCAUUUGAUACAAAAAUCUAUUGGCAGCGAUUAGAUAAUAAAACACUAUCAAAAUCUCAAAAACAACAACAAUAUACAUCGAAUGACGUCAUACAAGCAAGUUUAUAUUUAACGGAUAUUGAAAAUUAUGAUUUUGGAUUUUAUGGUUGUUUUGCUGAAUCAAUAUCAGGUCAAAAUCAUGCUAUGAUCGAAUUACGAGAACAUCAUCGUUCGUCAACAUCACAUCUAAUAGAAAAAAAUGAAGUAACAACAGCACGUAUACAAAUACUUAAACGAAAUAAAAGUAAUCCGAUAUGUUAA